GACAUUUUGUCGGCCUCCCCCAUACGUAAAUAUUAAAACGUGCAUUCCCUAUUGUGUAGGAAGCGUGCAAGCGAAUUCGGUCGUGAUUAUGGUGCAAGUGCCAAGAGAGAGGAUUUUGGAGAUCGGCAAUGUCUUGAAUGACGGGAAACGGCCUUUGAAAGAACGAUUCCGGGCUUUAUUCACGUUGAAGAAUAUCGGUGGUUUGGAAUCGAUAGAUUGUAUCAACCAGUGCUUCGGCGAUGAAUCCGCAUUGCUCAAACAUGAACUGGCGUAUUGUUUAGGGCAGAUGCAGGACCCGAAGGCUAUUCCAAUGUUGGUGCGCGUUCUGGAGGAUGUUCAACAGGAACCAAUGGUGCGACAUGAGGCAGCUGAAGCGUUGGGCGCCAUUGGACAUCCAGAUGUAUUGCCUAUCUUAGAAAAAUAUAAAAACGAUCCAGUCAUUGAAGUUGCCGAAACCUGUCAAAUUGCAUUAGACCGAGUUAACUGGGUAACGAAAGGAAACAGAGUAAACGACGAAAAUCCAUAUGCUUCUGUGGAUCCAUCUCCACCAGCCGAAACAAAAGACAUUGAGGAAUUGACAAAAAUAUAUUUGGAUGAAAACGAAUCCUUAUUUAAUCGUUACAGAGCAAUGUUCAGUCUUCGAAAUUUAGGUUCGAAGGAAAGUGUUUUGGCACUAUCGAAAGGAUUGAAAUGCAAUAGCGCCCUAUUUCGACACGAAGUUGCAUUUGUGUUGGGCCAAAUGCAGGACCCGAACAGUAUUCCAUAUCUGUCCGAAAAUUUACAAGACAAAUAUGAAAAUGAAAUGGUCCGUCAUGAGUGUGCUGAAGCCCUUGGCGCAAUUGCAACAGAAGAGUGUAUAAAAAUUUUAAACGAUUAUCUGAAAGAUGAUAAACGUGUUGUUAAGGAGAGCUGUGAAGUUGCUUUAGACAUGUGUGAAUAUGAGAAUAGUCCUGAAUUUCAAUAUGCGGAUACCCUCGGUAAGGUUUCGCAUUCAAAAUGAAGUAUUAUUGCUAUAUAAUUAUAUUUGUCAAUGAUUUGUUACAAUUUCCGCCAAUAAAACAUAUGAAUAUGUAUAACUUUUAACCAA